CUUCGUGUCGUUUCUCUUUGUAAUCAUAAACGGAAGUAGUCGAAAAGCCAAAAUCACAUUUAAGUCUCUGUUUUCGAAUUGUUUUGGUGUAACAUUUGAGCUUGUUGGAACAAAAUGGCGGAUGUGCAGAUGAGAGAGACUGAGACCGAGACCUUUGCUUUUCAGGCGGAGAUUAACCAGCUUCUUAGUCUUAUUAUCAAUACUUUUUAUAGCAACAAAGAGAUCUUCCUUCGUGAGCUCAUCAGCAACUCCUCUGAUGCGCUGGACAAGAUUAGAUUUGAAAGCUUGACAGACAAGAGCAAGCUUGAUUCUCAACCGGAGCUCUUCAUAAGGAUUGUGCCUGAUAAGGUUAACAAGACCCUUUCCGUUAUUGAUAGUGGCAUUGGCAUGACUAAAGGAGAUUUGGUAAACAACCUGGGUACAAUUGCAAGGUCUGGUACCAAGGAAUUCAUGGAGGCAUUGCAGGCCGGGGCUGAUGUGAGCAUGAUUGGGCAAUUUGGUGUUGGGUUCUACUCAGCUUAUCUUGUUGCAGAGAAGGUGGUGGUCACUACAAAGCACAAUGACGAUGAUCAGUAUGUUUGGGAGUCUCAAGCUGGAGGGUCUUUCACCGUCAGGAAGGACGUUGAUGGAGAACCAUUAGGUAGAGGAACCAAAAUCACUCUCUACCUCAAAGAUGACCAGUUGGAGUAUUUAGAGGAGAGGAGAUUGAAGGACCUAGUGAGAAAGCACUCUGAAUUUAUCAGCUACCCUAUCUAUCUUUGGACUGAGAAGACAGUUGAAAAAGAGGUCAGUGAUGAUGAGGAGGAAGAAACCAAGAAGGAAGAGGAAGGUGAUGUGGAGGAGGUUGAAGAGGACAAAGAAAAGGAUUCUAAGAAGAAAAAGAAGGUUAAGGAGGUUACCCAUGAAUGGGAACUUAUCAACAAACAAAAACCCAUUUGGCUACGCAAGCCAGAGGAAGUCACCAAGGAAGAGUAUGCCUCAUUCUACAAGAGUCUCACUAAUGAUUGGGAAGAUCCUCUUGCUUGGAAGCACUUCUCUGUUGAAGGGCAACUAGAGUUUAAGGCUCUGCUAUUUGUUCCUAAAAGAGCCCCAUUCGAUCUUUUCGAUACAAGAAAGAAAUUGAACAAUAUAAAGCUUUAUGUGAGGAGGGUGUUUAUCAUGGACAACUGUGAAGAGCUCAUUCCUGAAUAUUUAGGAUUUGUCAAGGGCGUUGUUGACUCUGAUGACUUACCGCUCAAUAUUUCUCGUGAAAUGCUGCAACAAAACAAGAUUUUGAAAGUGAUCAGGAAGAAUUUGGUGAAGAAAUGUAUUGAGAUGUUCAAUGAAAUAGCAGAGAACAAGGAAGACUAUAACAAAUUUUAUGAAGCAUUCUCUAAAAAUCUCAAGUUGGGUAUUCAUGAAGAUAGUCAAAACAGGGCCAAGCUUGCAGACUUACUUAGGUAUCACUCCACAAAAAGCGGUGAUGAGAUGACCAGCUUGAAGGACUAUGUAACAAGAAUGAAAGAGGGACAGCAACACAUAUACUACAUAACUGGUGAGAGCAAGAAAGCUGUCGAGAACUCUCCGUUCCUUGAAAAGCUAAAGAAGAAAGGCUAUGAAGUUCUAUACAUGGUUGAUGCCAUUGAUGAGUAUGCUGUGACACAGUUGAAGGAAUAUGAUGGAAAGAAGUUAGUGUCUGCAACUAAGGAAGGGCUACAGCUUGAAGAACCAGAGGAAGAGAAGAAGAAGAAGGAAGAAAAGAAAAAGUCGUUUGAGAACUUGUGCAAGACAAUUAAGGAAGUUCUUGGAGAUAGGGUGGAGAAGGUGGUGGUGUCUGAUAGAAUUGUGGAUUCUCCUUGUUGUUUGGUUACAGGAGAAUAUGGAUGGACUGCUAAUAUGGAAAGAAUAAUGAAAGCUCAGGCUUUAAGAGAUAACAGUAUGAGUGCUUACAUGUCCAGCAAGAAAAUCAUGGAAAUUAAUCCAGACAAUCCUAUAAUGGAUGAGCUGAGAAAGAGGGCUGAGGCUGAUAAGAAUGACAAAUCAGUUAAGGACUUGGUGCUACUGCUAUUUGAGACGGCACUUUUGACUUCUGGUUUCAGUCUUGAUGAUCCAAACACAUUUGCAGCAAGAAUUCACAGGAUGCUCAAGUUGGGUCUGGGCAUUGAUGAGGAUGAGAGUGGUGAACAGGAGGACAUAGACAUGCCAGCUUUGGAGGAAGGAGGAAAUGAGGAGAGCAAGAUGGAGGAAGUUGACUAAAUAAGUGCAAUAACGGUCGAUGUAUCUAAUAAUGUCUUUGUUUUCUAUUUACUUUAGAAAUUAUAAUGGUGUGAAUUUUCUCCAGAGUACUGGUUUCAGUUCUUUCACCCCCUAUUUCUUCUGUUCUGAGUUGUAGGCAACUCUGCCACUUUUUAUGUAUGAUAGUGAUAAAAUGAUAAUAACUGCUUAAAAAACUGUUGCCUUUUA